AUGGUUAUUACUUUGUUAACUACAACCUCGAUCAUUUACGGUUUGCCCGGUAAAUGUGAGAAGGGUUGGUUGAAAAAGUUUGACGCAAAAGUGGCCAGCGAAACUGAGAGAUUGGUAAGGGACAUAGAAAAACAACGCAACUUGUGCAUGGACAAUAUGCCCAAACAAAUAACCGGCGUUUUAAUAUAUUCGGCUAAAAAUACGAUUAAUCGGUUUUGCAAACGGGAUUUAAAACAACUGACUAAAUUGCUGGGUGCCGCUAAAUGCGCCAACACCGCAAAUAACCAGGGCGUCAAACAAUGCACAGUGGAUAGUGUGGACGCCAUGUUAACCUUGGUGCGUUCAACCGUUGGUAAUACCGUAGACGUAUUUUGUGGCGAUUAUUCCGAGGGCUCCGAUAAAUGCGAACAGCUAGAGCCGCACCCAAAGAAACUGAAAUCCCAGCGCCGGACAAAAUCAUUUGCAAUCGCUUUGAUCGAUGUGUUAAAGGGCUUUCCCGAAGUGGCCUAA